AGAGAAAGCUGUGGUUGCCGGAAGUUGAGCGGCGGAUUCAAUUCCUGUAUCUUCAUCUUGUCUACCGUGAUUUCUAGAGCAACCUUGUGAGAGACAUUUCUGAGACCUGUGUGUCCUGUGUCUAUGAUUCUUCCCUGAUCAAGGCAAGAAAUAAUGGCAGCAGCUACGGGGGAUCCUGGACUCUCUAAACUGCAGUUUGCCCCCUUUAGCAGUGCCUUGGAUGUUGGGUUCUGGCAUGAGUUGACCCAGAAGAAGCUGAAUGAGUAUCGGCUAGAUGAAGCUCCCAAGGACAUUAAGGGUUAUUACUACAAUGGUGACUCUGCUGGGCUGCCAGCUCGCUUAACAUUGGAGUUCAGUGCUUUUGACAUGAGUGCUCCCACCCCAGCCCGUUGCUGCCCAGCUGUUGGAACACUGUAUAACACCAACACACUCGAGUCUUUCAAGACUGCAGAUAAGAAGCUCCUUUUGGAACAAGCAGCAAAUGAGAUAUGGGAAUCCAUAAAAUCAGGCGCUGCUCUUGAAAAUCCUGUACUCCUCAACAAGUUCCUCCUCUUGACAUUUGCAGAUCUAAAGAAGUACCACUUCUACUAUUGGUUUUGCUAUCCUGCCCUCUGCCUUCCAGAGAGUUUACCUCUCAUUCAGGGGCCAGUGGGUUUGGAUCAAAGGUUUUCACUAAAACAGAUUGAAGCAUUAGAGUGUGCAUAUGAUAAUCUUUGUCAAACAGAAGGAGUCACAGCUCUUCCUUACUUCUUAAUCAAGUAUGAUGAGAACACGGUGCUGGUUUCCUUGCUUAAACACUACAGUGAUUUCUUCCAAGGUCAAAGGAUGAAGAUAACAAUUGGUGUAUAUGAUCCCUGUAACUUAGCCCAGUACCCUGGAUGGCCUUUGAGGAAUUUUUUGGUCCUAGCAGCCCACAGAUGGAGUAGCAGUUUCCAGUCUGUUGAAGUUCUUUGCUUCCGUGACCGUACCAUGCAGGGGGCGCGAGACGUUGCCCACAGCAUCAUCUUCGAAGUGAAGCUUCCAGAAAUGGCAUUUAGCCCAGAUUGUCCUAAAGCAGUUGGAUGGGAAAAGAACCAGAAAGGAGGCAUGGGACCAAGGAUGGUGAACCUCAGUGAAUGUAUGGACCCUAAAAGGUUAGCUGAGUCAUCAGUGGAUCUAAAUCUCAAACUGAUGUGUUGGAGAUUGGUUCCUACUUUAGACUUGGACAAGGUUGUGUCUGUCAAAUGUCUGCUGCUUGGAGCCGGCACCUUGGGUUGCAAUGUAGCUAGGACGUUGAUGGGUUGGGGCGUGAGACACAUCACAUUUGUGGACAAUGCCAAGAUCUCCUACUCCAAUCCUGUGAGGCAGCCUCUCUAUGAGUUUGAAGAUUGCCUAGCGGGUGGUAAGCCCAAGGCUCUGGCUGCAGCAGACCGGCUCCAGAAAAUAUUCCCCGGUGUGAAUGCCAGAGGAUUCAACAUGAGCAUACCCAUGCCUGGGCAUCCAGUGAACUUCUCCAGUGUCACUCUGGAGCAAGCCCGCAGAGAUGUGGAGCAACUGGAGCAGCUCAUCGAAAGCCAUGAUGUCAUUUUCCUGUUGAUGGACACCAGGGAGAGCAGGUGGCUUCCUGCUGUCAUUGCUGCAAGCAAGAGAAAGCUGGUCAUCAAUGCUGCUUUGGGAUUUGACACAUUUGUUGUCAUGAGACAUGGCCUGAAGAAACCAAAGCAGCAGGGAGCUGGGGACUUGUGUCCAAACCACCCUGUGGCAUCUGCUGACCUCCUGGGCUCAUCACUUUUUGCUAACAUCCCUGGUUACAAGCUUGGCUGCUAUUUCUGCAAUGAUGUGGUGGCCCCAGGAGAUUCAACCAGAGACCGGACCUUGGACCAGCAGUGCACUGUGAGUCGUCCAGGAUUGGCCAUGAUUGCAGGAGCCCUGGCCGUGGAAUUGAUGGUAUCUGUUUUGCAGCAUCCAGAAGGGGGCUAUGCCAUUGCCAGCAGCAGUGACGAUCGGAUGAAUGAGCCUCCAACCUCUCUUGGGCUCGUGCCUCACCAGAUCCGGGGAUUUCUGUCACGGUUUGAUAAUGUCCUUCCCGUCAGCCUGGCAUUUGACAAAUGUACAGCUUGUUCUUCCAAAGUUCUUGAUCAAUAUGAACGAGAAGGAUUUAACUUCCUAGCCAAGGUGUUUAAUUCUUCACAUUCCUUCUUGGAAGACUUGACUGGUCUUACAUUGCUGCAUCAAGAAACCCAAGCUGCCGAGAUCUGGGACAUGAGCGACGAUGAGACCAUCUGAGAUGGCCCCGCUGUGAGGCUGACUUCUCCCCGGCCGCCUGCUGAGGAGCUCUCCAUCACCAGAGCAGGACUGCUGACCCCAGGCUUGGUGAUUCUGGUCCCCUCCUCUCCAUACCCUGAGGACUGGGACCCCCUCCGCUGCCCAGGAGCGGCCAUGUUCAACGUUACUCGGGAUUCACGAUGCCACCAGUUCAGAGCUGAAUAAUAACCUUGGCUUCGGCCUUGUUAUCGACCUGGGA